AUGGAUCUGGACUUAGCAUUAAGGAUAGACCAACUCGCUCCUCUUACGGAUGUAAGCACUGCUGAUCAAAGGCAGAUGUUUGAGAAGUGGGAGAGGUAUAAUCAUUUAAGUCUGAUGAUCAUAAAGAAAAGCAUUCCAGAAAUAUUUCGGGGUAUGAUAUCUGAUGAUAUCACUAAGGCUGAAGAAUUUCUCAUCGAGAUAGAAAAACGCUUUACUAAAAGCGAUAAGGCGGAAAUGAGUACUUUUCUUAAGUCACUCAUUACCAUGAGGUAUCUCGGGAAGGGGAACAUAAGGGAGUACAUCCUUAAUAUGUCUAAUGUCGCUUCAAGACUGAGAGCACUCAAGUUAGACCUUUCAGAGGAAAUGUUAGUCCUAUUGGUCCUGCCCUCAUUCCUGCUCAAUACGAUCAGUUCAAAGUUAGUUAUAACUGUCAAAAGGAGAAAUGAACUCUUAAUGAACUCAUUUCUCACUGUGUUGAAGAGGAAGAAAGAAUGA